CUGCUACCUGAGUAAUAAAUAGCAGAGUUCAGAGUGCUCACCUGCAAGUGAAUUCCCUCCCCUGUGUCACACACGACAGAACAUUCUACAGCAGCCCCAAGAUGAAGCUGGUGUUGCUCUUCCUGCUGGCUGCCCUGCCCUUUUGCUGCUAUGCAGGUUCUGGCUGCCAGCUUCUUGAGGAUGUAAUCACAAAAACCAUCGAACGUAAUGUGACUGUGUCUCAGUACAAGGAAUUUCUUCAACCUUACCUAGAUGAUAAGCCCAGUGAACAGGCUGCAGAGCAACUCAAGCAAUGUUUUCUCAGCCAGUCAGAUGAAACACUGGCCAAUGUUCAGCAGCUGAUGAACAUAAUAUAUAACAGCAUUUUCUGUAAGCUCUAUAAAUAAGACUCUUGUCUCCCGAGACUACAGAGCAUGAAAAGAACUGAGAUGCCGAAGCUACAGAGCCUAACCUUCCUUCCUGCCUUUCUCCUUCUACCUAUAAGCUGCAAGACAAUUGUUGAAACCUUAAGUACAUUUUCAUUUCAAUAAACUAUCUGCAACACUAAA